GGCAGGGAACAACAAACAAGAUAGGGUGAACGCCGUCGGGAUGGAUGCAGCUACCUUGACGUACGACACACUUCGGUUUGGAGAGUUUGAAGAUUUUCCUGACACCUCAGACCCUGUGUGGAUCUUGGGAAAAGAAUACAAUGCACUCACAGAGAAAGACGAGCUUUUAUCAGAUGUCGCGUCACGGUUGUGGUUCACAUACAGAAGAAACUUCCCACCGAUUGGAGGCACUGGACCGACAUCGGACACGGGAUGGGGAUGUAUGUUACGGUGCGGCCAGAUGAUCUUAGGAGAGGCCUUGGUGUGUAGACACCUAGGCAGAGAAUGGAGAUGGGCCAGAACCCAAAAACAAAGAGAAGAGUACACCAGUAUUCUCAACGCCUUCAUCGACAAAAAAGACAGCUAUUAUUCCAUCCAUCAAAUUGCCCAAAUGGGAGUCGGAGAGGGAAAGCCUAUAGGCCAGUGGUAUGGACCGAACACAGUUGCACAGGUUCUAAAGAAGCUGACUGUGUUUGAUACAUGGAGCAGAUUAGUUGUGCACGUGGCGAUGGAUAACACUGUGAUCAUCGAAGAGAUCAAGCGGCUUUGUAUGCCCUGGCUGGAGCUUGCAGAAGCAUGUGGUGGUCAGGAGGGAAUGGGGGAGCUCAACGGCUGCAUGGAGGGAGCUUGUGCUCUGGCUGAAGAGGAGACGGCUCUCUGGAAACCCCUGGUCCUGCUCAUCCCCCUCAGGCUGGGCCUGAGCGACAUAAACGAGGCCUACAUUGAAACCCUCAAACAAUGCUUUAUGCUGCCUCAGUCCCUGGGUGUCAUUGGGGGCAAACCCAACAGUGCCCAUUACUUCAUCGGUUAUGUCGGAGAAGAGCUCAUCUACUUAGACCCACACACCACUCAGCCGGCCGUGGAGCCGUGCGAAGACGGCCAGGUCCCUGACGAGAGCUACCAUUGCCAGCACCCGCCCUGUCGCAUGCACAUCUGUGAGCUGGACCCAUCCAUCGCAGCAGGUUUCUUCUGCAGAACAGAGGACGAGUUCGACGACUGGUGUAUGCGCAUCAGACGGAUGUCCUGCAAGAAAGGAGGUCUCCCCAUGUUUGAAUUAGUAGACAGUCAGCCCACCCACAUGGUCAGCGUUGAUACCCUAAACCUUACCCCUGAUUUCUCGGACUCGGACAGGUUGGAGCGAUUCUUUGACUCGGAAGAUGAGGAGUUUGAGAUCCUGUCGCUGUGAGGAAGAUGACAAACGAUGAUUUACUGUCCGGCAGUAAAUCCCAGGCGGAUGAUUGGGUCUCUUCUCUGUAUCAGAAGGGAAGCCCUGAGGGGAUGAACAUUUAUUGGAGACCUCUUGAGCCGGUCCAGCUCCAGCGAUGUAGUUGGUGUGUGUUACACAGCAUCCUUCUCAACCGCCUCUGAAUGCGCAUUGUAUCCAACAUCGUAGCAGGAGCUCAGGAGAAAUAAUGUAUGAAACAUCUUUACAUACAUCUGUUUCCACUAAGUCUUAACACUUUAAAUGUUUAUUCUGAAGUGAUACGGUGCCUUUCCCCGACUCUGUAAGUAAAAUUGCCAUGCCGGUUGUAUAAAAACACAAAGGUUCGUGAUGCCUUUUGGCUUACACAGUUUGUCACUUAAACCUGAAAUCUGUAAGAGCCUGCAAUGACACCAAAUCCAGACAAACCUAUACAAACAAGUAUUAUUAGUUGUUGAUGCAAGCUAAGACGGCCAAGUCUAGAAGAAAUACUCAAGUUUGGAAAUUUAUUGACAAACUUAAAAGAAAAAUGACAGACAAAUAGAUAUUUCGGAGGUAUUAAAACAGGAAAAUCAUAUUUAACAACUGGUCCUGUCUCAAUUUUGAAAAGUGUUAUAUUACAUAAGUUACUCAUAUUCAUAAAAAAAAACAUUAGGAAAGAGUUGGAAAAGCAAAGUAUGCGGUGUGCAAAAUAAUAAGCUUCACCAUGCCUGGCUCCGCCUCACUUCCACAGCUCCCCAAGCGGCGUGUUUUGAGCAGCACUGAUGGCGCUAAGGCUGUGGUUUCUGAUGUCAUUGUGAACAUUCUCGAUGUUCUGUGACGCAUCAAUGACCUAAAAUAUACAAAUUAUUAGGCGUUUGUUCUUAUUGCCUUAAAUGACAUAAAAACCUUCAACUUAGCAGUGGAAACCAUCCUCAUACCUGCCAGUUUACGUUAGGGUCCUUCAUCAGCUCCUCGAACUUCUGCUGAACCGCUUUUUGGAAAGCUGUCGUCUCGUAUCGCUCAGUUCCAAACUGACCUCUUGAAGCAGCUUCAGCCGGGCUCAACUGCAGAAACAUGACGAGGUCGGGUUUGGGCAGGCCCACGUCAGGUUCCAUGCACCAAUUUAGAUUGAACCCCUGGAGAGGAACAAAAUAAAUGAGGAGCAGAGAACUGUUUCUGCCGAAACGCUUAUGACGACACUAACAGAUGGAUGCAGAGCUUGACUAAACAAAAGCACUUACCGGUUUAGCGCUGGUGAAAGCAGCCCCAGAAAAGGCGUACCUGUCCACCACCAGGGUGAUGCCCUCCUCCAGCUUCUUCUUCAUUAAAGGCCUAAAGGUCAGAACACGUUGAUUAUUAAAUAUACACUGACCUGCAAAGGCCACUCUAAAUCUGCCAACAGCAGAAGAGAAAAGAAAGGAGGCAUUUGCUUAAAUAACUGUAUUUUUGUUUGGAAAUAUUAUACAAGUCCUAUGAAAAUACCAAAAUCAACAAUGUUGAGUUUAUUUUCCUAACUCAUGACCCAAACAUUAAAAACCUGGGAGUUUUGUGGAAGACUUAAAGCUGUCUACUAAAAAUGUUUAUUUCUCAGCCUCUGAAAAAACUAGAAACAUGAAAUAAAGAUAAUUUCAGAGAUUAAAUCUUCUGUUUUCAUUUUAAUUACUGACUUUGCCCUGUAACAGUCACAAGAGUUUGAUUCUUGAAAAUGUUAAUGCGACACCUGCAUGGCUUGGAAAGUAAAUGUGUACAUGCAUUAUUGUUAUAUUGGGUUUACAUGCGCCAUCGUGAUGGCUGAUAUUACUUGUUUUCUUUGAUUCUGAUAUUCAGGCUUUGG